AUGGUGAUAGGCCCCAUACGGGUGUUCGGAAACCUGACUCGGAACCCGAGCAUCCGUGAAUGGUUGAUCCGAUCCGGUGGUCAAUUCUUGUUAGGCCUUGACUCAAGCCACUUGGAACAAUGUCUGAAGACGGACGCCAUUGAUGUGACCUCUGGUGGCGUCAAGGCAAUGAGCGAGGAUGAAAAAGGAGGAGACGAAAGCGUGAAAAUCAUAAGGAAGGAAGAGGCACAAAGUCAUCCUACUGCCGCUGAAGACGACGAUCCCGCCUGCUGGAGGGAGAGGUCGAGAGACGGUUUAGAGUUGCACAGACGAGCAAGUGACGGAAUUACAUGCGAUUGGCGUAAAGGAGCCGCAAAACAUGUUGCCGGAAUUGAGGCUACCUGUUCGCCAAGAUCCAGUCAGCCCAGCUUGGUCUUUUUGGCCUGCAUGCUUGACCAGUUGGAUUCACCGCGGCCGGAUCUCAUCUAUUGCACUUUGGGUGUACUGAUAAACAUGAUGUCCGAUCCAUCCAGUCGGCCACUUCUCACCCAGCUCAACGGCAUGCCGAGGUAA